UUAGUACCAGACCUACGUGGUUCCUACUUGGCGGAGAUUGCUGUCCUUCAAUUUCUCUCCUCUUCUCUUGCUUCCUCGCCUCCCCAAAGCCCAGCAAGCACCAUAAUCUUUGGGAGGACCUUGCUCUGUUCCUUUGUGAAAGCCAAAACGAAGCGACUGUUCUCUGAGAAGAAUUUCGUAGACAGAGAAGGUGUGAGACAAGCUCUCUCUUCUUCAUCACAGCAUUGAUCUUUCUCCCAUCCUUCUUCUUCUUGUUCUUCACACGCUAGCUAGCUAACCUUAUCCGGUACCGUACCAUGAAUAACCUGACUAACUUUAUGGCUGCCCAGGCCCCGAUGUCGGGCAUGAUGGCUCCGGCUGCAGCGACCGCAGCUCUGGGGCAAGCGGGUGCCUUUGGCAAUGGCGACCUUACGCAUGGAGCUCCAGUUGGUUUUGCGGGUGUUGGAGCCGAUGGCGGUGCUGCGGGGGGUCCAGGAGGCGUCUCUCCGGCGGAUCUGGAUCAGCUGCAGCAAGCGUAUAACCGCACCGGUGACCGUGGAAGUCAGCACCAUCCAAUCGCCGAGUUCCUGUACCAACUCACCAAAAUGCUGACGGACGAUAACAGUGAGAUUAUCGAGUGGGUGGACGGUCGCAUUAAGGUGCACUACCCAGAGCGUCUGGAAGCUGAAGUACUGCACAAGUACUUUCGUCACUCCAAGUUCGCCUCCUUUCAGAGACAACUGAACUACUUUGGCUUUCGUAAGAUUGCCGGAAAGGGUAAAAUGUCUCCCUGUUCCUAUGUCAACGAGGCUGCGACGUCGGAUAUUCGCAGUCUGCUCCUCAUCAAGCGAAAGACCAAUGGAUCCGCUGCUCGCAAGGCUGCCAUGCAACAGCGGACCAUGCAGUUACCUCCGGGUGGUAGCCUCGAUCUCCGCGCCAACCUGAGCGCUCUGGCUGCUGGAGCUGCUGCUGCCACGGGACAACCCGGGGUGAAUCGAUUGGGCACUCAGGCAUUUAAUGCCGCAGCGCUCUUUGCCCAAGCUGGAAACCCUGCUGCUGCAGCGGCACAGCUACAAGUGGGACAAUUCCAAGGUGCUGCUGCCUUGCAACAGAAAGCACUGGGAGGAAACAUCUUUUUGAGCAAUGAAAACGCCAUGUCUCUUCUCAUGGGAGGUGCUGGAGCUGGAGGACAAAAACAACCGUCGGCUGAAAACUUGUUGGGUCAAGCUCACCAACAGGCAACCGCAAACGCGGCUGCAGCCAUGGGAGGUCUCACCAAGACACCCAGUACCCCCUCCAUUGAGCAACUCCAUGCGCAACUCGCAGCCAGUUUGGCCAACCGCCAGCAGAAUGGGCUCAACUCGCAAAUGAAUGCUGCCGCUUUUGGACUGGGCGCUUUUGGUGGCGUGCCUGCUCCUGGGCCUGCAUCUGCUGCUCUCGGUGGAGUGCCAGCUCCUGGACCUGGACCGGCGUCUGCUGCUCUUGGUGGAGUACCAGCUCCUGGACCUGCAUCUGCAGCCCUCGCCGGAGGACCAGCCUCUGCAGCUUUGAAUGCUACUGCUGCCCUGAACAGCCUCCAGCAGGGUGCUGGUGGACCAGCAUCCGCGGCGUUGAACUCGGGAGGAGCGGCUUCCGCAGCUUUGAAUGCUGCAAGUGGGGGACUCGGAGCUGGUCUCUUUGAAAGCGCCAGCAACCUGAAGGCUUUGGUGGGCGGUGAUCAACAAGCUCGUGCAACCGCCCCUGCGCCAGGACAAGCUCAGUUGGGAGCGUCCACUGCUAGCCAGCAGUUGUUGAGUGGACGCCUUCCAUCGUCUAGUGCUCUUUUCCCCGAGAACCUGAGCACCAUGUCCUUUGGUAACCUCUUGGGUAGUUCCAACAGGUUGUCUUCCUUGCUCAGUCUGAACUCCUUCUUAUCCCGCGAUCCUUCCGUGGCUGAUUUGGUUGGUGUCUUGCCUCAAGGACAGCUUGCUGCCAGUCAAGCAGCCGCAAACCAAGCGGCAGGAAUCAACAACGCAGCUCAAAGGUUCCAGUAAAUAUUUUGUUUACACCACAGCACAAACUGAACACUCCUCUCCAAACACCCAAAGAAGACUUCCCGCUCCCCUCGUGUAUAAAUUGAUGGCAGAAGAAACCGUGUACUGUACAGAUCAAUCUCUUAUUCGGUUAGCUAGAGCUAAUACUGAUGAUAUAGAGAAAAUUCUACAUAU